GACAUGUCAGACAGAGAACUUACUUAUGACAGUUAUCUUGGAUUGGACCGGUUGCUCCAUUGUCAGGAACUGGAGACUGAAAAGGCUGGACAAAAAGUGGAUGAAGAGCACCUUUUCAUUAUUGUUCACCAAGCAUUCGAGCUUUGGUUUAAACAAAUCCUUGUAGACCUCCAUUCAGUUGUAGAAAAAUUCCCAAAGCUUGAUGUUAAAAACAGAGAUUUUGCUGGAAUACCAUCAAAAUUAGGACGGAUCAUUCUUAUUCAGAAGCUGAUCAUCGGUCAUUUCGAAAUAAUUGAAACUAUGCCUCCAGCCAUUUUUCUUAAUUUUAGAAAAUACUUGAAAAGUGGAUCUGGAUUUCAAAGCCUACAGUUUAGACUCAUUGAGAAUACAAUAGGUCUUCAGAGAGAAACAAGGAAAUCACACAAAGAAGGCAAGGAAUAUACAGAUGAAUUUAACGAAAAACAAAGAAAAGAAGCAGAGAAAUCAGAGAGGGGACCCUCUCUGUUUACUGUUGUGGAGAAUUGGCUGGAAAGAAUAUUUACAAAGUAUGUUGAUGACAAGAAAAAAUAUUGCGAAGACUUACAAAGAAUGGUGGAUGCAUGGUCGAAGGAUGCUGGGAAUCAAUGCGACAAGACGUCAUUACUGGGAAUGGUAGAUGAGGAUGAAUACAAACGGAGUGGUAAACGAUUCAGUUAUGAAGCAUUUCAUGGAGCCCUGCUGAUUUCACUUUAUCAAGAGGAACCAGAGUUCCAAAAGGCAUAUGAAACAAUGAAACUCGUGAUGGACGUCGACGCUUUAGUCUCAAAAUGGCGCCAUUCCCAUGUGUUAAUGGUUCAUCGAAUGCUGGGUAAGAAAACAGGAACUGGGGGUUCGUCAGGAUACGACUACCUUAAAAAGACCAAUGAGGACGAUUACAGAGUAUUUAUUGAACUCUUCCACAUGUCUGCAUUUCUGAUUCCUUACGAAUACAAACCAAAGGGAGAGACACUUUACAAACGAGACUAAGAAAUGGUUGGAAUAAAAUGCCGACAUAAAGAAAAUUACCGACGACAGAAAAUAUGUACAAAAUAUACAUUUUGACAUUUCUGUGGAUGACCUUUCAAUAUUAAACAGCGAAACAAUUAAUUAAAAAAACAAUUCUUGAUUGUGCUUAUAUAACUGCAGCAUGUCAUUUAAACUAUCAUGUGGCUUCACUUUGAUAAGCAUGUCUAAUUUCAAUUCUUUUAAGUAUUUUUUAAUCUAUAAAGCGUCCUUGAAUUUCAUAGUAUUACAUAUAAAAAUUUUUUAUCUAUAGCAUAAUUUGUGUCCUUUUAAUGGACUUUUGCAAGAAGCGCUGACUUUUACAGUCAACGACUUACUUUGACAUUUAAACCUGUAUUAUGUAAGGAGGUAUGGAAUUGAUAAAAAUAACAAAAUGUUAAUACAUGUAGUGGUUAUAGGUAUGGUGUUAGGGGCGCUAACAUUAUUUCCCGAUAUACAAUCAACACAAGAGAUGAUGGGAGGCAGAAUAACAUAACUUAAAAUAUGUUUUUGUGAGGUUUACUACCUCCUUUCAAUCUGAUUUGCUGAAGGAAUUAAAUAAGGAAGGAAAAAAAAAUUCCGAAAGGAAAACUUGGCAGGAGUUGGUCAAGGUGGAAAGGAAGGGGGUUGAAAAUAGGGUGGUUAUGGUUCCCUUCCCAGACAACGUAAUAUGUGCUUUGAAACGGCCCAUUAUUACCUUUUAAUUAAUUGUUCAGCUAAAUAUUUAUAUCGCAAAAGAGCUUCCAUAUAUUGUCAUAGUGUAAAAGUAAACCGUCGACUGUAAAAGUCAGCGCUUCUCUCAAAAGUCCAAUAGCGUAAGUGAACAACUUUACUUCUUAUAAAAAAGUUAAUGUUAUCCAAUAUCAGGUUCAUGCGUUAAUGCAGAGCUGCCUUUAAUGCAUAUAUCAAUUCCAUCUUUUGCAUUUGCUGAUUGUUAUUGAUUGAUUUUUUUUAAUAAAA